GUUUUAGUUCAUAGUUCUCGAAUGAAAGUCUGCGCUAAAAUAUAAGCCGUAAUUAAAACGUGGUCGGGAGAUUUUUAAAGGAAAUAUUCAUUGAAAAUAUUUUUCAUAUGAUGUCUUCAAAUCCACAAAAAGUGCAUCGCAAAAGACCUGCGGACUCGGAAGAUAUUGAUGCAGAUGACGGCGGCCAUCGAACGCCGGAAGAUUUCAAAAUUAAGUCACUAGAUGAGAUUCUACAAGAGAAACGGAGGCGAAUAGAAAAGGACGAUACACCCGGAGAGGAACGAAAUGGAUCGCCAGAAGGAAAGUCUAGCCCUUUGGCUUCCGCUCGACGCGAAUCGAGAACCUCCUCAAAGCAAGGGUCACCUCAAGCGCAGGGUUCUGGCAGCGAAAUCAUUUACCAGCUUAGUCCAGAACAACUAAGUUUAUCUCCACCAUCAUCUACAAGUGGAACUCCUAAGAAGUUAAAACCUCAAUUAUCUCAUGAAGUUGGUCCUGCUGGCAUCCGAGUAAAGAAGGGAAGAAAGACUACCGAGGAAGAAGAAGGAGAGAUUGUAAGUGAUCAGUCAGAUUCUGAGAGCAGAAGAGGUGAAAAACGAUCAAGGAGGUAUUCAUCUAUCAGCAAUCCUGAUUUAGAAGAGAAAACCAGUCCUGUUGAGUUGAAAGAAAAAGGUGCCAUGGCAACAAAGAAAUCAGAAGAGUCUAGUGAAGAGGAGGACGCAAAUGAAGAACAAAGUGAAGAUGAUACAGAGACAGCAACUGCUACCAAAAAAGUAAGGAAAGAGGCAAAAGAAGAAACAGAUGGGAAACAGGAAGAAAGUGUAUCUGAAUCUGGAAGUGGAAGUGAGGAAAGUAGCAGUGAAGAAGAUGAUGAUGAUGAUGACGAUGAUGAAGAGGAAGUAGUGGAAAAGGAAAGUAAAGGUAAAAUGAAACAGCAGAGAGAAACAGGAGUUAAAGUGAGUGGAUCUAAAGAACUGCUUGCAAAGAAUGAGGAUGAAGAGGAGGACGAAGAAAGUUCAAGUGAAGAAGAAAGCAGUGAGGAAGAUAGCGAGGAAGAAGAAAGCGAAAGUGACAGUUCAGAAGAAAGUGAACAAGAAGAAGUUAAGAAAGCAGUGUCACAAAAGACUGAGCAAGUUGUUGAAAGCGCCAAGGUGGAGGAGUUUGAAUCUGAGGAUAUUCAUAAGGAGUUGCAACAACUCAAACGUCAUAGAUCAACUGAUGAGAGGCACAAACAGAAAGUAAGGGCUGAGAGACAUCACCAUCAGGAAAGGGUUGAGAGGAGAAGAGGAGAGAGCUCCUUUGAUGCCAGGAGUGACAAAGAACGUAAAACUUCUGACCAGGAGAAAGCUCAUUUCAAAUAUCAAAAUCUUGAGGAGAGAAGGCACUCUGAAAGCAAAAGCAAGAGUAGAUUCUAUGAAAGGGGCAGAACUGGGGAUGUACAAAAGGAAAGUCGUGACAGACAUAAGUCCCACGGCAAAGAAAGUAGCAAAACAAAAUCUGAGAGACCAGGUACAAGGGUAAAACACUCUGAAGUCGAGGUUGAUCGAGAAAAGAAGAGUUCAAGAAAGGAUUCCGGAAAACAUCAAAAGUCAUCCCCUGAUGAAACUGGAAAACUCGAAACUAAAAGUAAAGACCGGAAAGAUCGCAGUGGGAGUAGGAGAAAAAGUACAACUUCUGAAAAAGGUGCAAAAGACAGCAGAGAUGGUGGAGAAGAUACAUUGCCAAAUAAACCAAGGAAGGACGAGGGCAAGUCUCUAAUCUUAACUGCGCGUGAGAGAAGGCAGUUCACCAAUGAAGUGGUUGACAUAGAAAGCGAGGGUAGUAGUGUGGAAGAUGAUAAAGACGAAGCUCAUUCCGAUUCUGAAAUGAAACAACUUUCUGAUGGUGAGCAAGAGGAAGACGAGAAAGAAAAGAACGCUAAACUUCCUGCAUACUAUCCUGCUGUCCGUGGCUGUAGAAAUGUUGAAGAGUUCCAGUGGUUGAACAGAAUUGAAGAGGGAACUUAUGGGGUCGUCUACAGAGCUAAAGACAAGAGAACAGGUGAUAUAGUCGCAUUAAAGAAACUAAAGAUGGAGAGAGAGAAGGAGGGAUUUCCAAUCACAUCUUUGCGUGAGAUCAACACUCUUCUUAAAGCACAGCAUCCCAACAUUGUGACGGUUAGGGAGAUAGUCGUAGGCAGCAACAUGGAUAAGAUCUACAUUGUAAUGGACUAUGUUGAACACGAUCUUAAAGUUUUGAUGGAGCACAUGACACAAGGUUUUAGAAUUGGUGAGAUUAAAACGCUGAUGAUCCAGCUUCUAAGAGCAGUGACACAUCUUCAUGACAACUGGAUUCUACACAGGGAUCUCAAGGCAUCCAACUUACUUCUCAGUAACAAAGGAAUUCUUAAGGUUGGUGAUUUUGGACUUGCAAGGGAGUACGGCUCUCCACUUAAAAACUACACUCCUAUCGUUGUGACACUGUGGUACAGAGCCCCUGAGCUGUUACUAGGCACCAAGGAGUACUCCACGCCUAUUGACCUGUGGUCAGUUGGGUGUAUAUUUGCCGAGCUGUUGACCAUGAAGCCGCUGUUUCCUGGGAAGUCAGAAAUAGACCAGAUCAACAGAAUAUUCAAAGAUCUUGGCACACCCAGUGACAAGAUUUGGCCUGGACCUCCUUCAUAUUCGGAGCUGCCAGCAGUUAAGAAGAUGACAUUUACUGACUAUCCCUACAACAACUUGAGGAACAAGUUUGGCGCUCAUUUGACAGACAAAGGUUUUGAUUUGUUAAACAGGUUCCUGACUUACGAUCCCACCAGGAGGAUAACUGCUGAGAAAGCUCUAGAGCAUGAAUAUUUCUCUGAGUCGCCUCAACCAGUUGACCCCUCCAUGUUUCCCACGUGGCCUGCCAAAAGUGAGAUGGCAAAGAGACCCAAGAAAAAGGACGUCGAACACAGUCCCCAAGCCCCGCAGGGUGGGGCUAUGUUUGCAAAGCUGGCGGAUGAAGGCGACAGUGGAAAUGGCAGCCAAGGUUUCCGCAUGCCAACUUCCAAAAAGGGUUCUGCUGCCGUUGCAGGAUUCACUCUAAAAUUUUAGACAUCUGUGCACGGGGACGAAGAAAACUAUCUCUGUAUAUUUGACUGUAUAUAGCAUCCUUUGUGAAGAAAAAAAAAGUUGACUGUAUUUCUA